CCUCGAACCAUCCGUUCAGCAAGAAUCCAAUUCCUUCCUUCUGCUUCAUGUCAAUUUCUUCACUGGAAUCCCACUCAUUCCUUUAUUAUUCACACCCGACCCGACCCGACUGAGUUUCAAAUAAUAUAUAAACCUGUAAUGUAAGAUAUUUAUACAUUAUAAAUCAUAAACAUCAUUUUCGGGCUUGGAAAAUAAUUAGCCGUUUUGCCGCCGGCUAGAUGGGAACCUGGCUGUCGUCCAUUAAACGGAGCAUGGGCGGAGUACGCGGCGGCGAGAAGCUGGCCGACGGAGGGAUAAGUGGGAAAACGGCCGCCCCGUGGACAGAAUCGUCGGAUAAGAAGACCGAGAGCGGCGGCAGCGGCCGUGGAAAGACUGCGCGACCUGAGAAGAAGCAUCUUUACCGGAAAAAAUAUGGUUUCAUCGCUGAUAACUUCUCCUCCAUCGAUCAGGUUACGACAGCCUUGAGAAGAGAAGGAUUGGAAUCGUCAAACCUCAUCGUCGGAAUUGAUUUCACCAAAAGCAACGAGUGGACAGGUAAAGAAUCGUUCAACAAUCGGAGCUUGCAUGCCAUUUCCGAUACUCCUAAUCCGUACGAGAAGGCUCUGUCGAUUAUCGGGAAGACUCUGGCUCCUUUCGACGACGAUGGCUUAAUCCCUUGCUUUGGCUUCGGCGACGCAACGACACACGAUCAAGAAGUGUUCGGGUUCCACAGUGACAAAUCGGCAUGCCACGGGUUUGAAGAAGUUUUGGACUGCUACAAAAAGAUAGUUCCAAACGUUAAACUUUCAGGGCCAACUUCUUACGGUCCCGUAGUUGAAGCCGCAAUGGACAUCGUGGACAAAAGUGGUGGCCAAUUUCACAUUCUGCUCAUUAUUGCUGACGGACAGGUUACGCGAAGCUCCAGCACUGACGAUGGUGAAUUGAGCCCUCAAGAGGAGAAAACCAUUCAUUCAAUUGUGGAGGGAAGUGGAUAUCCACUUUCGAUUAUUCUUGUUGGAGUGGGAGAUAGGCCUUGGGACGACAUGAAGAAGUUUGACGACAAGAUUCCAGCGCGGGAUUUUGAUAAUUUUCAGUUCGUCAACUUCACUGAGAUAAUGUCCAGAAACAUCCCCACGCCUGAAAAAGAAGCAGCUUUCGCUCUAGCUGCACUUAUGGAGGUUCCUCUCCAGUACAAAGCCGUCGUAGAAAUGGGUCUUCUCGGACAUGUGACAGGAAAAGCGAAGCAAGUUAUUCCACGAUCCCCACCAGAGCUCUAUACUCGACCUGCACGGCUUAUUCCCCAACCAAGCAACACCAUCUCGACUUUGGCCUCUACUACAUCCGAUGAUCGAAACCAGGUAUGUUCUAGUACGGGACUUUACUCAUGGGACAUUGCUUUUCUUGCUUACAAAUUUUGGGAUGGAUCAAGUAUAGAAACAAUAAUUUGUUUUUGUUUUCGAACUCAAAUGCAGGUCUGCCCCAUUUGCUUGACCAACGGGAAGGACUUGGCCUUUGGAUGUGGCCACACGACCUGCAGAGACUGUGGAUCGAGAUUGUCCGAUUGCCCUAUAUGUCGUCAGCCUAUCAGAAACCGCCUAAGGCUAUAUCCAGGGUGAUCAGUGACUGCACCAGGGUCAUGGUGAGAUACAACAUGCUUGAUGUCCAUGAUAAUAAGAUAGAUAUGAUGUACAGGAAUCGAGGAUUUAGCGAUUAACAAAAGUAUGUUGUUUGAGCAUGAGAAUCUUAUAAUCAAAAGUCUAGGAAUGUUCUACUUCUAGGUGUGUGUGUGUGGGAACUCUGUGUACAUAGGAAAAGCAAUGUGCUCCUAUGUAAGCAUAAAGAAACCGUAGUAUUAUAUUGACUAAAAAUUUCUUGUGAUGCAAACAAAGAUCUUAAUGCAUAAUUGCACGUAAGAUUUGCACUGAAUUUGAAGUUGAGCACUUAUCAUUAAUGUUUUCUCUUACCAUAUUCAUACCCCUCGAGAAGUUCCAAGCAGAGUUCCCCUCCAC